AUGUCGACUGAAACUGAAAAUGGAAGUGGCAACGGGACCCCCAAUGGCAACAAUGGGCAACCUCCCGUGAUUUUGGCUCAGAAUCCUCCAAUCCCAACCGCGAUGCGUGCGGUUCCUGUGAACCACGGGGAGAAACCCGAGAAAUUCACUGGUGUGGAUUUCAAGAGGUGGCAGCAGAAGAUGCUGUUUUACCUCACGACUCUGAGCCUUGCGAGGUUUUUGAGUGAGGAUGCACCUGUCGUUGCUGAAGAUGAGCAAGACAUGCAAGUCCUGAGGGACCAAAUCACUUGGAAAGAGAACAACUAUUUGUGCAAGAACUAUGUUCUGAACUGUUUGCACGAUGCACUUUACAGCGUGUACUGUGUGAAGAAGUCGGCUAGGGAACUGUGGGAGUCCUUAGACAGAAAGUACAAAACCAAGGAUGCCGGAUCAAAGAAAUUUGUCGUCGGCCGGUUUUUGGACUACAAGAUGGUGGACUCGAAAACUGUGAUCAGUCAAGUCCAAGAACUCCAAGUGAUCUUGCACGAAAUUGCUACCGAAGGGAUGCUGCUGUGUGAGCCUUUCCAAGUGGCAUGCAUGAUAGAAAAGCUGCCCCCUGGUUGGAAAGACUUCAAGUUGUACUUGAAGCACAAGCGAAAGGCUAUGACUAUGGAGGAUCUUAUUGUUAGGCUCCGCAUUGAGGAGGACAAUAAGAUGGCUGAAAGGAGGGUAGGGAGCACCUACGCCGCCAAGGCUAAUGUUGUGGAGCAAGGCCAGUCUUCGGGAAUGAAGAAGCAUCAGUUUGGAAAGUAGUCUGGGAAGCAGUCUGACAAGCAGAAAGGCAAAAAGGUCAAGCUGGGACCUAAAGGAGGCGUUGCCAAGAAAAAGUUUCAAUUUCAAGGCAAGUGCUUCAAUUGUGACAAGGUUGGGCA